AUGCCAGAGCCGAUUAUUCAAAUAAGUAGUCCAGAGGACUAUCCCACACCAAACCGUGCUCCACCACCAACUCGGAAAACGCUCCAUCAAAACAUCCUAGGCAAAUUACGCCCUUUGCCGCUUCAAUAUCACUGGACAUUCUGGUUUGACAAACACUCCGAGCCGGUACCCAGCUCAAGCCCCGAAGAAGAAUAUGGCUCGCGGUUGACUGUUCUGUACGAAGACGUCGCCGACAUUGCCACAUUCUACAGAGUAUACAACAACUACCCUUGGGACAAGAUCCGGCCGCGUGACACAGUCCAUAUCUUCCGUAAAGGCAUAAAGCCGGUGUGGGAGGAUCCUGAUAACUUGAACGGCGGCUGCUGGACUUUUCGUGUACCCAAGGCCAAUAGUCAGCCGUUCUUUCAUGAGCUUGCUAUCUUGGUCAUGGCGAGUGAACUUCAAGCGGCCAUAGAAGGCGAACACGACCAUGUCCUCGGCGUAAGCACAUCUACCCGAUACAAUAACAAUUUGAUCUCGGUAUGGAACAAGCACGGAUCCAAUGAGAAGUCAAUCAAGAUCCUCGAAAAUACCAUACUCAACCGGUUAUCUCCAGAACUACGACCCAUACCAAAUUCGAAUUCAUAUUUCUACAAGAGACACGCGGAUCGUGAGGGUUACCAAGGAGCUAUCAAGCAAGCGCCCCCAGAUAGUAAAAAAUGA